UGGGUUUUUCUUUCUUUUUUUGGUUCUCUAUUGAGCUCAAUUUCUGAUACAUCUGUGGGAUUCGAGAACCAUGGGAUUGAAGAAAGGUUCUUUUGAUUGCUCCACAGCUUCUGUAGCUGCGCAAUGAUUAAUGCAGCUGUCGUUGUUUCUUUCCUUUUUUUUUUUUUUUUUUUGAUGGGCUGUGUGGGGUUGGUGUAGUAUUCUUGUUCAAUUUCCUUGUAUUGAAUCGAGGGGGGGUUUUGGAUUAGUCCAACAUGAAAAGUCGUUCUUUUUGUUUUUCCCUAAAAGAAAUUGAAAAAGAAAAGUAAAGUAAUUAUUUCGAUCUUGUUUUGGCUAAUUUGGUAUCUUUUCCUGUUUGCUGCUAGUCUGAAGCACCAUAACUUGGCACAUUGUUCAGUAGCUGGUUUACUUUUUGGAACUUUCUUAAAGAUAGAUUAUGUGUUUGUUUUAGGGACUUCCAACUUUUGUUUUUCUGUACAUGCUCUUUAUCGUUUUUACUUAGAGAAGUCUAUGACGAGACUCGGAUCUGCUCCAACUCAUCAAAGGACGUGCUUGCUUCCUACUCUUUCCAAGUGAUCAUUUUCACCAUUAAGUUGGUUGUCCAUGUGAAAUGUUAAUCUAGAAGGAAUGGAAAUGCGUACCAUGUCUUGCACCAGUGAUGUUGUGAAUUUCUCAUGCCGCAUUGCUUUCUCUGAAUGUUACUGUAGAUUUUGCAUCAUGGGCUGAAUAUGAAUAUUUGACUCGAGGGAAGAGUACGUAAGGAUGUUUACAUAUACAACUAUAUAAACACUUUUAUGUACUGCUUGACUUCGUCAUUUUCGAAAUGGCACGAAUUACCCGAAUCUCAAACGAUUAAACAUUUAUGCUGCCUCAAAUUCCAUAUCAUAAUAUUGGAAUCAAUUUCUUCCCCCAACACUGUAUAUUGUUUUCAUGGCUAUUUAGUGGGUCUAUUUUGUAUUCAUGCAAGAGUGGAACAAACAUGCAAUAUCUCGUCCCAUCUGAAAAAUGAACUUAUUAACCUACUAUAGUUCAGGUAUUCUUAUCAGCAGUGCAGGAAAAUAAUUCUUGGAGUCUUAGCUGUAGGAGUAAAUCAAAACAACAUUGAAGAGCAAAAGUUUGAUGAUCUUUAACAUCAUAUUACGGGUAGUAAACCAAAAUUUGUGAUCGAAAAUCUGUCAAAGACAUGAUCAACUUUUUAUGUGUUUAAAUUUGACAGUUUUGAUUGAUUAUGCUUCUCAAGAUAUUAAUUCGGUAGUGGUAUCAUUCAGUCAUUGACUAUUCACACUGUUUUAUUUGUACAUGGAAUAGGGAUAUUGUCUGAAUUUCAUGGAAGAGGAUGUCCUUAAUGGUUUGCAUGCAAAGAACUUAAAAGUAGUCUCCCAUUUUAGAUUGAACUGCCCUGCCUUUCUAAAGGCCUGAUACAUGUGUGAGAAGUGAUACUGGCAACUUCUUGAGAUAAUUGAUGUGCCUUUAGAUUUGAAGAAAAAUUCAAGCUGGUAGAACUCGAAGUGAGGUAAGUUUGAAGCCAAGCAGCUAAGUUUUCUUUAAACAUUGUCAUGAUACUGAUUUGAUUGUGAACAAUUCUCUUUGCUCUCUUUGCUCUUUGCUGAAAAGCCCUUUUCAGGACAGACUUCUUAUGUUGUAGACUCAAGGUCUCUGGGUUGAUCAGGCAUGAAAAUUUGGGAACCCCCAAAGGAUGAAUGAGUAAGAAGUAAUAGAAAGUAAACACGAAACAAAGUGAAUUUGCCUCAGUGAAUGUAGUAUGCGUGUUUUCUGAAUACAGUUGAGUUCAUCCUUCUCGUUUCUCUAAUGUGAAAGGCCCCUCUUUUCGCUGCUUUUAUAUAGAUGUCUCAUCUCUUCUCAGCGAUUAUUUAAUUGACAAGAGGCAUAUGUCUGUUGUCUAUUAUUCUCAUGUUACGUCCUUCUCUUUUCCAGUUUUUCCUAAAAGAAAAGUGGGUCGUGGUUCCAUGUAAUUUGUUGCAACAUGAUGAAUCUUACCAACCACAGCUAGCAAUCCUUUUCAUCUACUCUUUUUCCUUGUGCCUGCAGCUCACUCAAAAGAAAAGUGGGACGCCUAGGAGAAACGAGAUAGUCUUUAUUUCACCUACUGGUGAGGAGAUUAAGAGUAAGAGGCAGUUGGAUCAUUUUCUCAAAUCUCAUCCUGGAGGACCGUCAGCUUCUGAAUUCGACUGGAGCACAGGUGAAACUCCUAGGCGUUCUACGAGGAUUAGCGAGAAAGUGAAAGCAACAGAGACCCCUGAAAAUGAGCCCCCUCCGAAGCGGUACAGCGGAAAGAAGGGGGUGAAAGCUAAAAAACAAGAUACUGAAGUAGGGUAUGAGGAUGCUGAAGAUAAAGAAGAUGCUGCAGCUGGGGAAGAAACUAAAGCAAGCGAGGAAGUGGAAAUGAAAGAUGCAGUUGAAGAUGAUCUGGCAAAGAACAAAGGAGAUGUUCCUGAUAAAGAAUCUGAUGAAGCAGUGCAUGAGACGAGCAGUGAGAAGGUAGAGAACCCAGGAGCUACUGGUGAAGCCGAGAAAGAGCAGCUUGACAAAGAGUCUCAAGCACCCCAAGUAGAGGAAGCUAAGGACGAUACUGAAAAUAACUUGGCAGAGCCUGAGUUUGAAGGUAAGACCGCUUCUGAUGCAAAGGAAGAGCACAUGGGGAGUGAAGGACCCGCAUCUGUAGGUUCUGUGGAUAAAAAGGAAGGAUCCGAGGACAAGCCAGCAGAAUCUGAAGCACCAUCUGUACAAAAGGAAAGUGAGCCUCCGGAAUGUGCAAAAGAUGGACUUCCUGGUGCUGAUAUUAAGGCUGUUAGGGACCUUCAUCCAGAAGAAGUCGGUGUCGAUGGAAAUAAGGCGAGUUGAGAUGGAAAAAGCUUUCCAGAUUAUCACUCUGACCUCCAGGGAUAUUUAAUACGAGGCGUAGGUCAUGAAGUUAUUAUCUAUAGAGAUUUUGCUAGUCUUAGAACUAAUUUCUUUGUUAACAUCAUCCUCCAAACUUCAUUAAGUCGGAUCUUGACACUGGGCCUUAGUUAUUGCCAUCCCAUAGCAAGGCGGCAGCGAUGACGACGAUAUCCUGUGUCCGUAGCAUGGUCGUCGCAAUAGUUGGAGUUGUUUAUGGUGCUUUUGUCGGGUUAAUUUUUGUAUUGUAUCCUAGAAUCGAGACACGUGAUUCUUAGACAUUUUAAUCUGCUCUAAAUUCAGUGAAGCUUUACAUCUUGGCAUCCUCGUUAA